GUAGCAUUUUGUUAAUUGAAUACUUUUACACAAUUUUAUGUCAGAUUGUUUUUUUAAACAACAGAUACAAUGUUUUUAUCAGUUUCAGUGUAGUAAAGUGUUGCUUAUGGGAUUUUUAUUUAAGCAUGUCAGUAUCUUAAAAAAAAAUGCAAAGUUGUAGAAACGUGUGCUUUUGUUGGCUUUUUGUUGAGGUUCUGAGUGCAAUGGCCUAUGAAGGGAACAUCAGUCAACAAAACAAGGAAAGUCUGCACUGCAAGCCAGGUUUCUACUGUCCUCUGGCCGGCUUUGGUCUAGUCCCCUGUCCUAAGGGAACUUAUGGGCCAACUGUUGGAGCUGUGUCCGAGGAAAGCUGUCUCAAAUGUCCUCCAGACCAUUACUGCCCUCGACCCGGCUUGCCUACCCCACUGGCCUGUGGUCCUGUGGCUCUGCAGCCUUUGUCUGGCCAGGAUGUCUGCAUCUGCCAAGGAGAAGGACAGAGUUUUCAGAGCAUGGAUGGACGCUGCUUAUGUACAAUCGGAUAUCAACCCACUAAUGACGGGGAAAUGUGUGUGAAAAAAGUCUACGAUGUCUGCAGGGACGGAAAAUCACGUACACAAUAUGGGGAAUGCUUGGACCAGCACCAAUGGUCGCUUCACUGCAAAGAUGAAGUGUGCCAAACAGCGGAGGACUACAGUGGUUAUGACAGGGAACUGGGUCUGUGUGUCUGCAGAGAGCCUCCUGGUGGAGCUGCAUGUGGAGGCCUAUGCAGAAGGAAGCUGGCCACCCAUCUAAAGCUCCAGUGCAGAUAUGAUAAAUACAUGGCCGUGACAUGGAGCUAUGGAAGUCAGGUGUCAAGUAUCUCAGGCAGUGUGCUGCACACCGUUUUUGAAAGGUGGGAUUCCCAGGGGACCCUGCAGUGCAGCAGCCAUCACAAAUCCUCACGUCCUGUCUACAUUGUUCAGACAACAGAGGAAGGAUUCUUUGGCCUCCUCAGUGGGCUCCCAGAGGAAAUUCAGCAACUGUUUCCAGACACCACUUCAACUGAGGAAGAUCAUAAUAUCCUGGAUGAACUCAAUCUUACAGAAAACGUCAGUAAUGCAAAAAGAGACCCUUAUUUCAGACGGUGGAAUAAAGACUUGAUUGACACAGAAGAUACGAGUCUGCUAAGUAGAACCGGAGUUCUCAACCCAGCAACAUGUCUCCACUUGGGAGAUAUUUUACUUUUCACCAUUAGCACUCACCAUUACCCGAUGUAUGAUGUUGAAAAUCUCUACAACACAAACAGUGAUUUUGACUGGGGCUCGUUCAGGCUGCUGGAAGAAAAGCUGACACUGUCCUGGACUCCUCCUUCCUUCUUCUCAGUGGUAUUUAGCCACCCUGGAGUUUAUGUCUUCAAACUUAGCAGCAACCAGCAUAAACACAUGUAUGUGCGAGUGAUGCCUUCAGGGGGCCAAUGUUAUGAGCCAGGGCCCUUCUUCCCAGCCAUCCCGAGACAUUUGACCCAAAUGGGAAUAAGCAGAAGACGUGACCUAUUACUUCGACCAGACUGGUUGGUGACGUUUGGGCUGCUUUUUGGAGCUGUGGUCAUUCUCUGUUUAUGUGUUGCACUGCUGAUUAUAUUCAAGGAGUAUGGGUGGCCAGAAAAGGAGCCAGUCAAAGCAAGGUAUCGGUCGUUGCAGUUGUCCUACCAAAUGGAUGACUAUGCAUCAAAAGGCUCAAGGAUUUACACAAUAAGGAAGACCAAUCGAAAUCAACAAGCCCAACAAAUGAAAGACUCCAUCCAACCAGCCUGUCUGGAUGUUUUAAAUGAGUUCUGGGAUUAUGAACACCAGGUGGAUUUGGAGGCUUUCAAUAGCAACACCUUCUAUAGCCUGCUGCUCAAACAAAGCUUGUCUGUCACUAAAAGGCUGGGGCAGCUCACGACUGAGGUAAAGGAGAUGUGUCAGGGAGUCCUUGGGAAAUUACAGCUGCUCCACCCAGGCAUGAUCGCUGAAGACAGGGUGGGGGAAGGUUACGAGAGGAUGAGGAAAGAGGUGGAGAAAGAAGUUGGGAGACGGAAAUCUUUGGCUUCCCAUCUACAAACUUUGCUCGAAAAUCAGCUAGAGAUUCUGAGGCGAGAACAGCAGGCCAAGCAGCGGGUCUACAGUAUGUUCUCAUCUUGGCUCAGGGAGUGCACCAGACUGCUGUCCAAGAAUUUCAGCAAUAACCAGUCAUCCUGUGAGCUACAAGAGCAAAUUUUUACAGAUAAGCUUAUGUCACUUGUGGAUGAAAUGGGGGAGCUGCUGACAACAGAGUGCCACCGUCAGGGAGCAUGGGGGCUGUUGGGUGAAGGUACAGGAGCCAAGCUGCUCUGCCCAGACACAGGGACUGUCCUGACCAAAGACGACAUCUUUGGUCCUGACGGGUCUUUGCGUGUCCCUGCUGCAGUUCACUGCGAUCCGGUCACCGGGCUCAUAAGGCCAAACACUCACAGCCACAUGUUGCUGAGCAGCGGCCACACCAUGGCAGUGCCCCCUGAUUAUUUCAUCCACCCACAGACUGGCAGAGUUUUACCCAUCGUUGGCAACGUGGCCUAUGACCCUGUCAGUUCUACGUUAGUCUUCACUACUGACCUUUGUACAGGUGAGACCAGAAAGUUGGACAGUCCCCUCCUUCCUUUUCUCCCUUAUCCAAUCUCCUGCCACUCCGAACAGCCAUUGCCUUGCAUUCAUCUCAAAGGCCUAAAACCUGGACAGAGGCUGCAGCUGGGAAUGCCCAUGGCCGAUCCAGACACAGGUGUCCCAGUUCCUACCUUGGCAGUAACUAUCCACCCACAGACUGGAUUAGUUUACCCACUGGGAGGGCUACAUAAGUGCCCACUUUCUCGCCUGUUGCAACCAAUACAAGUAGGGUAUCCCAUGCUGGACUCAAGGACAGGGAACAUGGUGCUCACUGUUGGGAUCAGUUUAGAUGUUGUAACAGGACACAUACAGCCAGUAGGUGGGGCACUACUCUGUGAGGUCUUCACUGAACCUUUAAGUGGACAAAUGGUGAGAGUUGGAGGAGCCACCAUCCGAGCCGGACAGUUGGUACCUCAUGCAGGAGGAUACCAAACCUUACUAGACAGCAAGGUUCUGCUCGAGAUGUUUAAAACAGUGGAUCUCCUGAAGCCACUAACUGAUGAAUGGAGCUCUGAUCCAAAUGGACAAGAAACUAACAAGAAUAUAGGUGCUCGAUUAGAUGAUCUCCUAACUGCAAGCAAGGAUCUUGAGCAGGCCUGGGGGAGGAGUCUGUACUGUGGGCUGCAGGUUUGGACCAGGUUUGAGAUGCUGCUUGAUUGGGCUCAGGGUCUCCAGCAGGAUGGUGGGACACUUGGUGAAAUGCCACUGCCAGAUUCAAAUAUGUGUCUGCCAGCUCUCUUGGGAAUGGAAUAUCCUGACCCUCUGGGAUCUGGUCUAAGUGUUCCUGUGCUCGGCUGCCAGAGGGAUCCUUUCUCAGGGAAAAUGAUUCCUUUGGCAGGAACCAUGGAAGACCCUAAAGGAAAAGGCCUGGUGGCAAUCCGUUAUGGAGCCCAGGCUGUGGAUCCCUUGACUGGACUGUUGGCCCCAGUAGUUGGAGCGAAGCUGGAUGUGUCCAGGAAAAUCAUUGUGCCUGUCACAUCUUCAUUCUGGCUGAUGAUGGCAGAGCAAACAGAUGGUGUACAGGUGGAGGCACUGCAGAAAGAAAUGUGUGUGAGAAAGAUAUACUGGGAGCAGCAAAGGCAGCGUGAGGAGGAUAUCCUCAUCGAUCUGGAUUCGGCUUUAUUCCAGCAUCUCUUUAGAGUUACAGAUUCAAAUUCACAGGACCAGUGGUCAGGGAAGCAUCUCAAAGAGGCAGCCACCGAGCUGCAGGACAUUGCCCAAACUGAAGUCCAAAGGAGAGCGGCCCAGCGCUCAUUCUUGGCUCUGGUCCUUCCCUCACAUGUUCUACACAUUCUUACAUGUGGUGAUGAAGAGGAAUGGGACCAGCAGUGUGCAUGGUACUCAGUGGUCAUUUCUGCCCUUGAUAAGCUGGAUGUGUGCAUGGAACACCUGCAACAAGACAUUGAGAAAUGGUCGUCUCAGCCAGAAGAGUGGUCAGCAAACCUCAAUGUGAUGGAUAGAGAGCUGAGAAAGAGAGAAACAUGGGAGCAGUGUUGUUCCAUUCAGACUGAGGUGGAUUCUGCUCUCACUUUGCUCCAUUUUAUCAGACAUGUCUCCCAGCUGCGUGCCAAUACUGUGCAGGGAGUACUCUGUGGACACUUUUGGUUCAAGAACUACGGCUUGGUCCAAGGCAGUGAAUAUAAGCCAAGCAUUACAAUAAUGGCUCUGCUCCAACAGAGGGCAGUGCUCCUGCUUGAAAGACUGAGUAUAAUCUUAGAAGAAAAACCAACUAGCCGUUCAACCAACAUCUUCAACCUGCAAAGCUCUGGAUUGUCUAGAAAGCAAGAGUCUUGCUUGGAGAUACCAUCAAGAGGGUGGACAGCAUCAGUGCCAGGGGUGAAAGGAGACUCAACCCAGUCCCCCAGGGAGCCUGCAUAUGUCCAGUUCCAGGAUGCUAAUCUUCAGACCUGCAAACGACAGGAUGCAUCCUCUGGUGUUCAGUCUCAAGGAAGUCAGCAGGCAAAAGAAACUGAUAAGUGUACUAAUAUGGCUGUUCCUGCUAUACGAGAAGAGCAAUGGAAAAGGCUGUUGGGGAUGUCUCCUUUAUUCCAGCUGUUAAAGAAACUAGAGCUACAGCUAAAGAGCGCGGCUGAGCGGGUUGUUUUUCUUAGACAAGAGCUUGACAACAGAGGGAACAGUUUUGUGGAUGUCCUUGAUGCUCAGUGGGAAUGUGAAGGAGAGCUGAUCCCUUUGGACCUGUCAGUCCUCAGCCCCAGAGAGUUCUUGGUCUACCAGCAUGGGAUAUUCCUCAUCAAUACACUACAUAAUCUAAAAGUGACCCCGGCUAUUUCACUUCAGAUAGCAGUGAGACUACCUAACAACAACUACUUCAAGAAUGCCUUCAGGAACUCCUUCUUUUAUCAGGAGGCAGAGGAGACGCUUUUUGUCCGCCGCCAGAGGCUGCAGUCUGUUGGUGGUUUCUCUCUUAUGCUGCUUCACUGUCUCUCACAUAUUAAAACUAAAGACAUGAGCUCCGACUUAAGUCCAGCGUUCCAGAGACUUUUCUACAAGACUCUACAAGAUUGUCUCCAAGAGCUUUUUCUGGCCAGGCUGAACAUCUGUUCUGGACAGGAAUCGAGAUUGUGUAUUGGUUUUCAGGAGCAAUGUGAUUUAAAGGAGGCUUUGUCAGAUCCCCUGGCUGUCUCAGUUCUUCAAAGGUUUCAUCAAACAAGCAGAGGAUUGCUAUCUGAAGAUGAGGUGGAGAAAAUGCAAAUGAAACACAGAGAAUCAUCUCUUUCAAUGCAUCUUGAUGAAUGUCUGAGGGAUAAGAGCUCUCUGGAUAAAGAGAGACCAGACUGGCUGAACCAACAUCUGUCAUAAUUUCAUGCUAGUAUAACUCUCUCCCAUCACACACCCUCCUUGCCACAAUUGUGAUGGUUCACUGUACCCAGAGAGAGUAUUCAUCUUCAAUCACAACGAUUGCAUGUUGUUGGGUUCAAUGUUACUGGUACUUGUACUCUGCAUCUUCCAAUUUAUCCAGGACAGGGUCGGACAGCAGUCUCAGCAAAGACUCCCAGAUUUCUGUCUCUUCAUAUACCUGCUCCAGCUCUUCUGGGGGUAAAGCACCCCAAGACCAAACAAGAGCCUCCCUCCAGAGUGUUUCUGGAGUUUUCACCCUUCUUGCCCAACCACCUUGUGUAGAAACCUAAUUUCUGCAGCUUGUAUCUGUGAUCUUGUUCUUUUGGUUAUAAUACAGAUUUCAUGACCAUAGGUAAGGGCAGGAAAAUAAACUGAUUGGUAAAUUUAAAUAUUUGCCAAGGUAUCAAAAGUGUAAAUACAAAUGCAAUGUAAUAGUAAUGAAAAGUUUUCAUUAUUAUCAGAAGAUAAGUCUGAGGACAUUUUCUCUAAUCAAUUUUUAAGAGGUAAGGAUACCUUUAAAUGUUUGAAAAAAAUUAAAUAUAGUCUUGAAUAUUACAAGCUACAUAACUUUGGAGAGUAGAACAGAAACUAGUCAAAAUAUCUCAAAGCACACUCUUCUACAUUCUUGCUGAAGUUUUGAUGUUAAUUUUUGGGGCUAUAAAAGAGGUCAAAUAAUUAGAACAGAGAAAUAAUUUUGUAUUAUAAUUAGUUUACCAUAUAUUCUGUUAUUUAAAUGGAUACAAUUUUUUUUCUCGAUCUGUUAACAACUUACUUAAUUUUUUUUUCACUGUCAUGUUUUUCUUUUAAUCAUAGAUUCAUUUAUGUUACUUUUAUAUCCCCCUAUAUUUUUUGCCUUGCGUAUGUGCUGCUUUAGUUUUUCUGCAUCCCAUUUCCACUUUACUUUUUCAAUUUUGCCUCAUUAUGCAGAUAAGGUGGGUUGACCUUCACUGGCUCAGCUCCACUACUAGAGAGCUCGUCAGACCACGUGAUGAGCAUGCAGUGCAUUGUGGGAAGAAAAAGCAAUCCUUUCAAAACAGCUGGUUAAAGACACAACAAAUUUUCUGUAACAAUGAUAAAAGUGAAGAAAGAACACAAAAUGGAGCAGCACAUGGAGAAUGUAGCUGGUCUGUACCACAAAGACUAAAUUGGAAAGGUGUGGUAUAUAGAGAUAAGAAAAGGGGUUAAAAGGCUGGAUCCAUAUGAGCAUGAGCAGACAGCUGAUUUGAAUAUCCUGCAAAACUUCAAACAUGCAUUUAUCUAUAAUUAUAUGACCCAGAAUGUGAGUGCCUACAAUCACAAAGUGUAUAGAAAAUUCAGCUCUCUGCAGCAGGUGCACAUUCAGUUCAUAGAUGGACGGUUGAACGAGCUAUUUUCAAAGUCGACCAGAAAACCAUUGUAUGCACAAAGGUAAUGUUUCAACCCAAUCUUUACAUACUUCUAGUCUGCAUGAGCUCAAAACCUCAUUAAUCAAUGUCCUUUUGCAAAGAAAACACAGCAUUCACAAUGUCAAUAAAAAAUAUGGAAAUUUUGAAUUAGUUAUCUGCUGAUGAUGAGUGUGUCUGCAGCAGUGACUACCUGAAACAAUUUUUUUUUUCUCUUUCCAUAACCUGAUUUAAUCCCAAGUUUAACAUUUAUUUUUAUUGUUCUGACAUUCUGUUGAAGUAACUGCUGCAUGUAAAAGUUGUAAUGUCCCAUAGUAAGUGUUA